GUCAGGCAUAAGGAAGUGAAAGCCUGCAUGUUCCCUGCACAUCGUUUGUGCCUGUGAUACCUACUCAAAGAUGUUGUCUCGAAAUCUUAUAAUAUUUUCCGCCCUGGCGAUUUUGAUGGCUACAGUUACUACUGCACCUGUUGAAGAAAAGGAAACCGAGGAGGUUGAAAGUGAAGAUGCCGAUGAGAGAGAGGAUGAAAUUUCUGAGGAAGAUAUUGACGAUGAUGAUGACUCCAAAAGUCAAGAUAUGAAUAAGGGGACUGGGGCGCAGCAAGUUACCAUGUCAUCAAAGGAUAAGGGCACUGGGAAUAAGCAGGGCAGUGGCAGCACAGAGACCAUUCCCAAUGCUGCCAGCAGUGCCUCUGGAGGACCAGGUUCUAAGGAUAGUGGGAGUGAAGGCGGUGCUAGUGAAAGUGGUGGAGCACAGACUUCCAGCAUCUCUCACACCAGUUCCCACGAUGCCCAGCCCAGUUCCAGCUCAGAUACAGCUUCUAUGGGCAGUGGUGUCCAGCAAGGUUCAAGCUCACAGACAGGCACAGACAGUCAGCAAGGAAGCGUGACAGACACCGUCUCUGAAGUUGAUCCCACAGAUCAUCAGGGAAGCAGCUCUCAGACUGAUACAACUGGUUCAGAAGCACAGCCUGAGAACAGUUCACAGACAGAUUUGAAUGGUAACGGAAAUAAACAAAUGGCUGGUUCACAGAAAGACUCUGCAGACCCAGCUGAUUCCUCCAGGCCUACCAGUCCCCACACAGAUUCUGCAGGAACUGCAGAUCAGUCCAGCACCAGCUCACACACAGAACCAGCAGGUUGGUUCAAAGAGAUUUGGAAUAAUGAAUUGGUUUUAUGGGACACGUACUUCUUUGGAGCAGCAGCUAAACCCAGUGCAGGUUCUCAAACAGACGCAACAGGUGCAGGGGAUAUCUCUGGUGCCAGCUCACACUCUCAGACAGGCUCUGCAGAUAUUUCAGAUCCUUCAGGUACCUCCACUCAUACAGAUUCAGCAGGAACUGGAGAUCAGUCUAGUACCAGCACUCAGCUUGGCUCUACAGGUGUAGGGGACCACUCUGGAGCCAGCUCACAGACAGAUUCCAUGGGAACAGGUGUACAGCCUGGAGCCGACUCCCACGCAGAUAUGACAGGAACAGGUGUACAGCCUGGAGCCGACUCCCACGCAGAUAUGACAGUUACUGGAGUUCAGUCAAGCAUGGACUUUCAUACAGAUCUAACAGAGGCAGGAGUCCAGCCUGAUACCAGUUCACAGACAGAUUAUUCACCUACUAAUUCUACAGGUGCUGCAGCAGGAGAUCCCUUCAGUAUGGACUCUCAGACAGACUCUGCAGGUACACCGGUUCAACACAGCACCAUUUCACAGACAGAUUUAUUAGGAACCAUUGAUGGAACCAGUUCACAGUCAGAUUCAACAGGUACAGGGUACCAGCAUAGCAUUGGUUCACAAUCGGAUUUGACAGGAAUAGCAGAUCAACAUGUGAGCAGCCUACAGACAGAUUCCACAGGUUCAGACUACUAUCAUGGUCCUGCUACCAGCUACCACACAGCAACUACAGUCACAGGAAAACCACAUGUCACAGGUUCUCAAACAAGUUCUGCAGCAGAUCCACGAGACGACCUCAGCUCAGCGGCUAAUGAAGGCCGGCCAGGCACCACCCCUCACCCAGACCCUGCUGUUCCGGUCAGUGAACAUGACAUUGCCUCUGGCCAGGGUCCUGAAGGUGCAGAAAAUGGGGCACUGGAGGAUACCUGCUGAUUUCCACAUGAAACCUCAAGUGAAGCUUGUGCGCUACAACAUGGAUUGUGCCAACCAUGGAUCUGUUUGGAGGAGCAGCAACAACA